AUGUCUCGCUCCGUGUCCUCCCCUGCACGCGGGGAGGACUCUGCGCGGUGCGUGGACACGUACGACCAACGCAACCUGCAGGCCAAAGCGAUGCGCAGGUGGGAGAAGCAGCAGCGCGUGUGGGCCACCGUGCAGGAGAAUAUCCGCAGCCGUGUGGCUGCCAGUGGUAACGUGAAGGGGGCGUGCAUGAAUAUGUCACAAGGAGUCUACCAGGCGCGGCGGCGGGAGGAGGAGGUUGGGCUCAUCAGCAAUGCGACGCCUUCCGCCGUCUUCACCGGCUUCUACACAUGGGAAAGUACACUGCGCGCCACCAACGACGAGGGCGCCGUGCGCUACCUCAAGGUAGGGACCACUAACUUCCCAUACGCCCUGUACGGAAAGGUGACAGACAAGCGUCGGCGUGACAUGAAUCACCUCGCAAACACACGCAUUGUCUUCCCAGGGGAGAAGGAUCUCGAGGCCACGGCGUUGCAGGAGCCCCGCAGCGGAAUGACGCCCAUUUCCUUCCGCGGCGACAAAUAUUACAAGAAGAAGCUGCACAAGGUGAUGCCAUUGAUUGAGCGGCGCAUGUCGCACUUCAUGCUGCCGCGGGCGUACUUAGAGGUGUGCGGUCAGAUGCCACCGUGGACCACAAGCCCAGAGGACGCGGCGGCGGCGAAGAAGUCCGCGCCUGCCGUCCUGCAUGUGCCACCCCCGCCGCCGCAACCAGCAUCACUGUCGCCUGCAACAGCAGCGCCGCAGCAGACAUCAGGCAAAACAAGCCCUUUGACAAGUGCAAAGGAUGCGGGCCAGCGGACGGUGAGUUUUGACGGUCUUACAGCGAUGGGCGACGACAAUGCAGCAGCAAGGCCCUCUCUGGAAAUAUCCACAACCCGGGUUCUGUUCUUUGCGCAGCCUGGGGAACUCGCCCAUGGCUCGGUGAUAAUUAAGAAUACCGGUACCACGACAGUGUACUACAGCUGGGCACCACAUCAGCCGAUCACCGAAUUAGACGGCAGUAACAAUUAUAAGUGUGAUGAAGAUGAAGACCAUGAAAUUGAUGACGUGGCCGAUCAUGACGUGGCUUACGGUGCUGGUUUGGGAGGAGGCGACGAAAAUUUUGACGCAGCUGGAGGCAUGGACGACACCAGUCAUGAGGAUGUGGUGCCCCUUGCGGGCAAUGGGCAGAAUAAGCGGCAACAGGAGGAUAAGGAAUGUAGCCUGCAACAGAGGAAGGAAACGCGCGCGAAGGGACCGUCGCUUCGUUCGCUGGCGGAGAAGUCCGCGCAAUCCAAGUCUUUCUUCUACCUCUCCGCACCGGUUGAUGGCGUCAUCCUGCCAGGUGACGAUGCGGUAUUCUCCUUUUCCGUCCGUGCCCCCUUCCCGGGGCGCUUCACGCAGUGCUACGAGCUGCUCAUGAUCCCCGUUGUCUCGUCUCAUGUUAUUGUGGAACUCUGUGCCAUGGUACGUAACAGCGGUCCGUCUUUGGAAACCUUGUCGCAGCCUGUCGCGGACGCGCUCGAGGCGCGAGCAAUCGCCGACGCGCAACGACGCGUGGUCAACGCGCUGGCGACACACAACACGGCCUACGAGGCCGUAGAGAUUGCGAGGGCCACACAGGAUUGCAUCGCCGCUGCGAGGGCUGCGGAAGAGGCGCAGAACGCGCUGGUUGAGAAGUGGCGCAAGGCGUGGCAGGAGACGAGCUACGCCGCGCUGCGCAUCCCGUUUAACCGUGCCGUGUACGAGCGGCUCGACGCGCUGCACCGAAACCUCGCGCAAACCAUGUCGGCGCUCGGCCAUCCGCUGCACCACGCGGAGUGGGACGGGUCGGUGCAGACGCUGUGGGCUAAUCUCUGCGGUCUGCGUGACGCCCCGUGCCGCAACACGCUGCGUGAGGCCCUCAGCAUUCUCCUCCGCGCGGCGCAGGUGAGUGAGAAGGAUGGGGAGCCGCUCGACACACUGCUGAGGCGCGUUGCGGGAGCGGUGGCGCUUUCCACACUCGCGCAGGGUGUGGGUGAGCUGGACGACACUGUUUCAGUUGCCGUCGGACUGCGGGCGCCGCAGCUCCCACUGUCACCGCCGACUCCGCGCGGCGGCAGUCUCGGUGUGAGCGUUGUUAGCACUACGGCAGGUGGCGGCCGCAAAGGCGGAGGCGCAGGAGCAGCUGGGGGUGGGAGUAAGGCGCACGGCAAAUCGACAGGCAAGGCGAAGGGCGCCGGCGGUGCCGCGCUUGACAUGACCGUUGGCCGCGGUGCUGCCGCCGCACAUGCGGAGGAGCAGUCAGUCUUGGCGGAUUCUAUUGGCGGCGUCGACCCCUUUAUGGAGGCGGCGCUGAAGGAGGAGUACAACGCACGUCUUUUCGCUGGGACACGGCGGAUCGUCGGCGACGCGGUGGAGCUGAUGUGCGCGACGUGGGACGGCGUCCGCGGCACACUUGAGGCGGCGUGUGGCCUGCCGCUGCUCGACGUCACGGCACGGGUGCGCGCGCAGGACGUGCGCGUCAUUCAGGACGCCGACGACCUUGAGGUGGACUUCGCGGUGGACGUGAUCCCGGUGAAGAAGAAGAAGUGA